AUGUAUUGGUAUACCAAUUCGAAGAGUAAGGUCAGCCCAGAUUCGCUGAUGGCUUUUACUGGACUUGAAGAGCCACAACCUGUUCGUGCUUAUUUACGUAUUCAUAAUAAUGACACAGAUAAUGGGACAAUUACGUAUAAGACCAAUAAAGAUUGUAACUCUAUAGAGGUACGAAGCACAGUUAAUACAAUUCCAGUAAACAAUAAUCACAAGAUGAAUGGCGACAGCCUACCGAAUAGUAAUAAUUCUUUUGAAUUUACUCAUAUAUUUGAUAGAGAUAGCAAUAUAGACUUAAUCGGGAACACAAUAGUCACUGGGAUGAUAGAUGAGGCUAUGGAAGGUUAUAAUACCGCCUUAGUAACAUAUGGCCCCAAAUAUUCAGGUAAAACAUAUUCUCUUUAUGGGAAUGAUGUUGACGAUAGUUUUGGGUUGGGCCAAAUAAUCUUUAAGGAUCUAUUCUCAAGAAUAAAUAAGAGUGUCACAGACUCAAAUGCAAAAUAUACUUUCAUCGUUAAAAUAUCAUUUCUGGAAGUGUGGCUGGAUAAAGUCGUCGAUCUUUUAGCCCCACAAAACCUGACAAAACUACCACAUUUGAAAAUACGUCAUGUAUCUGAACAUAAAGGUUUACCUGUUGAUAACCUUCGACAAGUUCAUGUUGCUUCAUUUAAAGAAACCUUGUAUUAUUUUAACCAAGCAAUGAGUGUCUUGAAUUCUAAACAUGACAAUUCAUUUCCAAGAACAAAUACAAUAUUCAAUAUUAACAUUGAAAAGCUCGAUAAACUCGAUGAGUCAACAACAUCUAGUUCCAUAUACUUAGUAGAUUUGGCUGGUUCAGAUCUUAUUGAUAGAAAAAACUCAAGUGGUGUUAAUUCGGAAGAUGUAAAAAGGAUAAACUCAUCUAUUAAAUCAGUCCAGAACAUUAUAACAUCAUUAUCAAAAUUAUCAUAUAGUGACUAUAAGAAUUACGAAUUUAGCCUGGAAAAUUCAGUGCCGUAUGAUUCAAGCAAAUUAGGAAAAUUAUUAAAGGAACCACUUGGUGGAAAUUGUAAGACUAACUUUCUAUUUACAAUCAGCAUGAACCCAGAGCAAUAUGACGACAUAAUCGAAGCUUUACAAUUAGGAACCAUUUUACAGGAUUCUAAAACAGUGCCACAGAUAAACAAAUUUGGGUUAAAUGAAAACAAAACUUUAUCAAUUGCAUUAGAAAAUUUUAAAUUGAAAGAGAAUAAUUUCAAAAUCCAACAGGCAGAGUCCGUUAAACAAAUUGAAGAAUUAAAAUCUAUAAUAACUAAUAAAGAAGAAUCAAUUGUUUUGGAGGAGUUAAAUAAAUUAAGAUCUGAAAACGCAAAAUUAAAAGCUCAAGUUAAUACAUUAACUCAAUUAAUGGUGUCCCCAAAACUUGCCAGCCCCUCCCCAAUGUUAGAGAAUAAUAAAACAGUCAGAAAUAAUAGUGCUGAAAGGAAUGAAACAUCAUAUGAAAAUGUUGUUCAAACCUUGAUGGAAAAAUGUGAGAAAUUAGCUGAUACAGAAUUGUCUUUAGAUGACAAAUUAAAAGAUAUAUUGGUAUUAAAGAGAGAAAAUGAUCAAAUAAAAUCUAAUAUCGCUAGUAUAGAAACAUUAAAUUCACAUUUAUUAGAUAGAAUAACUAAUCUCGAAUUACAAUUAAAACAAUUAUCGACCUCUAACACUAUAAUGGAGAAAGAACUUGAUCACUUCUCAAACUUAAGCGAUUCUCAGCCAUUCAAGGCCGGUACCGACAGGUCACGCACAGAGUUGAAUUCAAAGAAAUAUAGUUUUAGAAGACCUUCAGUUUCUUCAUCUAUGGAUAGCACAAUGGAACAAAUAGAAGAGGAACAGUCUGAAGAAGAGAACAAAGAGGUAAACAAAGGAAAUUCCUCCUGGUUUUUUGGUGUAAGAAAAACUUCCAAUAAGACUAGCAGAUCUGUUUCAUCAAGCAGCACUGUUGUACCAGCAAUAUCAGAUGUCCACAAACGUGCUGUGUCGAUGAAGGGGUUAGACUUACAUAUAAUGAAAUAUACAUCGAAAUAA